UUUAAAUAGAGCCCCCAUAUUGAGACUGGGUCCCAGCAAGAGCCACAGAGAUCUCUGCAGAGCCACAGAGGGAGGAGGAUGAAGGAAUCCAGUUGCCAUACUGCUUGCACGUUCCUAUUGCUGCUGACGGUGAUUUGCCACUCAGGGAGUCUGCCCCAGAGUCACUUCCAGAGGCGGAACUGGACCCCCCAGGCCAUGUUGUACCUCAAAGGGGCACAGGGGCGACGGUUCAUCUCCGACGAGAGUCAAAGGAAAGAUCUUUAUGAUCGACUGCAAUUAGAAACUCGAAGUCGCAACUCCAACCCAAUCACCAUAUCAGAAGCAGCCGCCAUGUUCCUCAGCUCCUUACAGAAAGCACAAGAGGAAGCAGAAGAUAAUGGUGUGGAUCAGGGGGGGUAUCUUCCGGACUCAUUAUUUAAUUGGUGAACAGGAGAGGGGGCUGUACAAGUCGGUACACACUGUGGCCCCCCAAAAUAUACGUCCGUGUCUAACGUUUCACUCAUCAAAGCAAAGAGCCGGCGACCUCAGCAACAAUCAAAUGUCCGUUUGUGUCAUCCUGAGAUUAUGCAAAUGAGCAAUUAAUUGCAGCGAUUUGUGGCUGAUUGUAACUCCUCCUCUAUCUGUAAAUAUUAACUAUUGUACAAAUGUGUUGCAUACCUAUAUACAUGGUCAUGAAUGUUGCCGAAAAUGUGUAAAUAUUAAUAAUAACUUGUCGCUAUCACUUGCCCUUUAUUUGUGUUUUUUCUCUCUCCAACCUGGAAUGUUACAUACAAUCUGGUUGCUGGGGUCAGCGACCCGAGAAACCUUGCUUAUUUGUUGUUUAUUGGUUAUAUUUCUGAUACAUCCGGCUCCUCU